GUGUGCAUUUAUACAUGUUUGGAAACAUACGUGUUUUCAAACCCCCUUAAACUGAACAAGUCUCUGAAGACUUCAUGUAGAUACUGAGUGAUCCUGAAACAACAUGUGCAUUUGAAUCUCAUUUAAAUGAAAACAAUCAACAAUAUGUAGGGUGAAGUUCUGUGGUGAGCUGAAGUACCAUUAUGCAUAAGUACCUUUUCAUAAAUAAUAAUAAUAAUAAAAAAACAGUUCCUUUCUGUAUUAAUACUGGCCACACCAACAUCGAUGAGGAUCACAACACAGUCCACUCCAGAAGAGAACUAGUGUUAGACCGUCAGCAUCUUGACAACACCGAUACUUUCAGUAGGUGAUUGAAAAUAUAGAAGCAAGAAAAACUUGGAAAAUGUUCCAAGAAGAUGGAAAAAUCACUCAUAAAAGCAUUGAUGAUGUUUAUGAAAAUACUGAUGUUACGAAAGGAAAAUUUGGACAAGAAACCACAAACAGUAACGCGACGAGAAUCCAGUCAUCUGAACUCACAGGAAGUGAUUCUGUGAGGAUCAGAAGCUCCAGAGCAGCUGUUGUGUGUUUGGUUCUGCUGUGUGUUCUUCUGCUGACUGCAGUCAUAGUGCUGUGUGUCAUCUUCACUCAAGAGAGACAACAGCUCUUAUCUAAGAAUGAAAACCUGACCAAUGAGAGAGAGAAGCUGACACUCAAGAACACAAACCUGACCAAUGAAAGAGACCAGCUAAAAUGGGAGAAAAAUGAUCUUCAGAGAUGUCUUGGUCAAGUGGAUGGAUGGAUUUACCAUGAAUUUAGUUUUUACUACAUUUCCUCUGAGAUGAAGAGCUGGACUGAAAGCAGAAGAUACUGUACAGAGAGAGGAACAGAUCUGAUCAUCAUAAAGAACACGGAGGAACAAGAAUUUGUUAAUACCAUUUCUGGUGGUGCCCAAGUCUGGAUUGGUUUGACUGACAUUGAAGUGGAGGGCAGCUGGAAAUGGGUUGAUGGAAGCACACUAACCUCUGAGUGAGAAAACACUGACCUGAACUUAUUAUUAUGUAAUAAAUGAUUCUCACAGUCAGUAUCAUAUCAAACACAAAAACAUCUAAUGCCGAUCUGUUGAUGCAGGUUCUGGUGGUCUACAGAGCCAAAUGGACAAAGAGGAGAGAACUGUGCUCUAAAUAAUCAAAGAUGGGCUGAUUAUCCAUGUAAUUCUGUUUUUAAAUGGGUCUGUGAGAA